AUGAAAAAAGACGUGAGCAAGAGAGACAUGACCAAGUUUUGCCGUUUUCAUGGAGAUUCUGGCCAUGACACCAACAAAUGCAACAAUCAAAAGCAGGAAAUUGAAUUUUUGAUAAGAAAAAAUAAUUCGCACGUGCAAAAGUAUGUCAAGGCUGAUCAAAAUCAAAGGGGCGAUAACAACCAAGAUUUACUACCACCACUAGUAGAUGGACAUCUGCAAGUUAUUAUUGGAGGACCGCACAUAACGGGAGAUUCAGGCAAAGCCCGGGAAAGGUAUGCCCUAACAGUACAGCAUGAGCAAGAUGAAGUAGUUCUGGCCGUCGAAGAAAGGAAACCAAAAAUACCACGGGCAGGGGAGCCCACUAUAACAUUCAGUGAUGAAGAUGCUGUCAAGAUUAGUUUCCCGCACAAUGACCCAUUGGUCGUCGAAGUCCAGAUAGCAAACAAGAUGGUGGCCCGAACCAUGAUAGACAAUGGAACCUCUGCAAACAUCUUAUUCAAGACACCAUAUGAAAAGAUGGGGCUCCAACUCAAAUACUUAACCCCCUGUCUCCCGCUCGUGUAUGGUUUCUCCGACCAAAGCGUUGAACUUCUAGGGAAAAUUCCCCUACCCCUCACCGUUGGGCAGGCUCCGAAGAGCAUAACUAUAAUGGCACAAUUUUUAGAAUUGGACGUUCCAUCAACAUUUAAUGUCAUGUUAGGCCGACCAGAUUUAUAUGACUUAAAGGCUGUUACGUCAAUAUUUCAUUCAUGCCUUACGUUUCCAACAAAGAAUGGGGUGGGGUUACUGAGAGGAAACCAGCAAGUUGCUCGAGAAUGUUACAACCUUGCCCUAACCAAGGUUAAAAAUGAGGUAUCCUCUAGCCAGAGUACGGACAAGGGGAAAAGCAUUGCAAAAUAG